GCUUGUUUAUCUUUCGUUGCAGUUCUGGACUGGUGACACCGUAACGGAUUUAUCUUGGAAAACUCGGAAGUGCUCCGGGGAGUUUGGCCCAGAAUUUCCUUGUUGAGUUAUCACAAGAGUGGAGGCUCCAUACUGGUUCGGUAUUUGUGCGUUACACCUGCGUCUGGAGCACAGGAGUGGGAUAUUGUCGUGGUAGGCCACAUACCUAUUAAUAGACCACGGUAAACGUAGUGCAUAGUGGACGCUGAAAGCACUAUUCGGCUUUCUAAAUAUAGAUAGAUUGCUAUAAUGGAUGAAAGGAGGACGAUUUUGAUGGACCGUUAUGAAAUCGGGAGGCACUUAGGGCAAGGGAACUUUGCCAAGGUAUAUUAUGGUCGGAAUCUUGCAACUGGGCAGGCUGUUGCGAUAAAGAUGAUCGAUAAGGAGAAGGUUUCAAGGAUUGGCCUAAUUGUGCAGAUAAAGAGAGAGAUCUCAAUAAUGGGAUUGGUAAGGCAUCCCAACGUGUUGAAGCUUUUCGAGGUAAUGGCUAGCAAGAGCAAGAUUUACUUUGUUUUGGAAUAUGCCAAAGGCGGCGAGCUUUUCAACAAAAUAACCAAGGGAAAGUUAAGCGAGGAUGCUGCGAGGAGAUACUUCCAUCAGCUCAUCAGUGCCGUGGACUACUGCCAUAGCCGAGGUGUUUAUCAUCGCGACUUGAAGCCGGAGAACCUACUCCUGGAUGAGAAUGAAAACCUUAAAGUCUCUGAUUUCGGGCUAAGUGCCCUGGCCGAGUCCACGAGACAAGAUGGCCUCCUCCAUACCACCUGUGGAACUCCAGCUUAUGUUGCCCCUGAAGUGCUUAGCAGGAGAGGCUAUGACGGUGCGAAGGCUGACAUAUGGUCCUGUGGAGUAAUUCUAUUUGUGCUGGUGGCUGGUUUCCUUCCUUUCCACGACACAAAUCUUAUAGAGAUGUAUAGGAAGAUCUCCAGGGCUGAAUAUAGAUGCCCUCGCCCUUUUUCUGUUGAGCUAAAGGAUCUACUGUAUAAGAUUCUUGAUCCAGACCCAAGCACUAGGGCUUCUGUUUCAAGGAUAAAGAGAAGCGCUUGGUACAGGAAACCCGUUGAUGUAAAUGGACUGAAGAUUAAACAAGAAACAAGAGAUAAGGUUCAGAAAGGUGAACCCACAACCUCUGAAUCAACAGAAGGCAUCAAUGCAGAGGUUAACCAAGAAGCGUCAUCAAGCCUCACAAACUUGAAUGCCUUUGACAUAAUUUCUCUCUCAACUGGGUUUGACCUAUCCAAUUUGUUCGAGGAGAAGUAUGGCCGGAGGGAGGUCAGAUUUACCACUAGGCAGCCAGCAGAGGCUAUAUUUGCCAAGCUGAAUGAAGUGGCCAAGAAAUUGAAGCUCAAAAUCAAGAAGAAAGAAAACGGUGUCUUGAAAUUGGCAGCACCAAAGGAAGGAAUGAAGGGCAUUCUUGAGUUUGAUGCAGAGGUUUUUGAGUUUGCGCCUUCUUUGCAUUUAGUUGAAUUAAAGAAAACCAAUGGAGACACUAUAGAGUAUAAACAACUGAUGAAAGAUGAGAUAAGGCCCGCACUUAAGGAUGUGGUUUGGGCGUGGCAAGGCGAGUCGCACCCGCUCCCUGAGAAAUUUAUCCGAGGAGAGCAGCAGCAGUCACCUUUGCCAUCACUGCAGCAGCAAUCACCUUUGUCAUCGCAGCAGCAGCAAUCACCUUUGCCAUUGCAGCAGCACCAGCAAUCACCUUUGCCAUCGCAGCAGCCACAGGAGUAAUCGGCCCCAUUGCCAAUCUGCUACCACAAAAGCACAGGACGAGAUGCAGCCACUGCCGCCAUGGCAUCAGCAGUACCUACCAAAAACUAUUGUUGGCAGCACCUAUAAACCAUGCGGAGCAUUGCAACGGCCAGGAUACAUGUCACUGGUUCAUCAGGUUUACCCUGUGUUAGUAGAUCAGUUGCCUAUCAUUUGGCAUUUCCCCCUUCUUUUUAGCUCCUUUUGUAUUGCUGUAUUUUCUUCUGAUGUUGUAUAUUCCUUUGCCAAAAGCACGCUCAAUUUUGGGGACCUUUGUGCACUGCAGAAAUUUGUGUUCACUGUGGCUGAAGAUAUUGAAUAGCGAUAAUAGAAAUGGCAUGCAACCA